UUUCUUCAGUUGACUUAAAGUGUAUAAAUUGUAGAAACUUUUGCGAAUGAACAUACUUAUAUCGAAUAGAUGUAUAAUUUUCGCCUCGAUUAUUGUGGUCCAAGAGUUCGAAAUCAAUUUUUAAAUAAACUUUAUUUUAUUAUCAAAGUAAAUUCCGAUUUAAUUUUGUUACUUUUUUGUUACUUUGAUUAGUAGGUAAUAACAUUAGUAGAAUAUGGAAAUCAUGAACACUUAUCACUAUCUCAUCGACGAAAUUUCGGAUCCCAGAGUUUCUGAUUGGCUGUUUAUGUCAAAUCCAUUUGGGAUAAUAUUAAUUUUACUCACUUAUUUAUCUUUUGUGCUUUACUUUGGACCACGUUAUAUGAAGAACAGAAAACCUUACACGCUUAAAAAGACUAUGAUUUGUUACAAUAUUUCUAUUGCAAUUGCAAAUCUUGUUUCGUUUUAUGGUAUACUUACAUCGGGUUAUACAACACAUCUUUCCUUGGGAUGUGAGCCUUUUGUAAUUUCCAAUAAUCCCAUGUCACUUAGAAUGGCUGAAUGGAUAUGGUGGAUGGUAAUUUUAAAAAUCAUUGAGCUUGCAGAUACUGUGAUUUUUAUCGCCAGGAAAAAAUAUAAUCAAACGUCAUUUCUUCACGUAUAUCAUCACACAAUAACUGUUUCUUCGGUGUGGAUAGCUUGUAAAUAUGCACCUGGUGGCAUGUGGACUUUUGUUUUUUUGCCCAAUUGUGUAGUACACGUAUUCAUGUAUACGUAUUAUUUCUGUGCUUGUUUGGGGCCCAAAAUGCAGAAGAUAAUCACCCCUUGGAAGAAAUAUAUGACACUUUUGCAAUUGAUCCAAUUUGUUAUCAUGAUGAUCCAUACGUUCCAAGCGUUUCUACCAUCCUGCGAGCCAACGAGGAAACCAUUAGCAUGCAUUUACAUAUCUCAAAUUGUUAUCAUAGCUUCUAUGUUCUUAGACUUUUAUAGGAAAUCGUACUUGAAAAAAAAAAUUGAGUAAAUGAGUAAUGUCUGAUGACAACGUUAUGAUUAGCCAAAAAGCAUGAACAUCAAUUCAAUAUAUUCGCGCAUGAAAUUUGAGAAUAAAUAUUAUACAUAUAUUAUAAAUAAAUGAAUAAAGUCACUC